UAAUGACUUUGUUUACCAUGACGUGUAGUAUAUUUGUUAGCACUGAUCUCAGUCUGGAUGUUAUUAAUUUUAUACUCAAUCUCCUUUAAUACUCUGCACAUUUUAUUAACUAAUAGGACACUAACAUUCAUUGUACUAGUUUUGAAAAACCGACAUAAUUUGUAAAUGUAACAAAAUACAGUUGGAUACUUUAAAUGUUUAUUACUUAUGCUGAAAUGUAUUUUAACUUUCAAAACCAUUACAAUUAGUGGUGAUUUUGUUGUUUUAGGUUUGUGAUUGAGGAUUUCAGAGUCGGUUUUUUUCUAAUGCUUAAUUGAAUAUUGUAUUUAAACCAAAAGGGGGCAUGCAUGUGACUUGUUGCUAAUAUGUGUCCAUUUUAAAAAGGAAAAAGUGGUAUCUAAUGAGUUAAUCAUUAAGGAGUAUGCGCAGUGCCGGCCAUUUCAGGACAUGUAAGCGUUUCUGUGGAGCUGCUUGAAACAGGAAGGAGCGACUUGACAUCAAGUAUUUAAACUUUUUGAUUUAUGUUUUCAUCGAUGACAUUGAUAGGUAUAAAUUAUUCAUGAAUAAGUUUGAGUAACUAGUUUAAUAUGUAAAUGUCCAGGUAUUUCAUCUACAGAAAGUUCUGACAUUCUUGAAGCUCUUAAAAAUAGCAGUGGUGUUUACCGUAAGAAUAAAAACACUAGCAGUGAGUUAAAGAGGGCAUCUAAUGCUUUUAAAGAUGUAUAUAUAUGUCGCAGCGAUAGUAUAUAUUAGAAUCAGCUGAAGCUACCGGUGAACUUUGGUUAUUUCCUUCCAGUCAUCUGCAUCCAUUUCCAAUAAAGGUGUUUUUUUUUUUUUUUUAAUGGGGACAAUGAAUAAGACUUGUAAUAUGCAGCAGUAAGAAGUUUCACCAAGACUUUGAAGUUGGCAAUAAUGAUCCAGAUGUACGAUUGCCUCUACUUAAUGUUAUUCAUCUACUUUCAAAGUAAUUAGAUUCUCUUACACACUAAUUCCUAUCUCCCAUCGCUCUUCUUUUCACCACUACGUUUUUCCAAGAUUCAUCCUCAGGGGAAAAAAAUUGAGAGCCACAACUUCGGCUCCACCUGCAGCUCCUGGAAAUCAAAUGGUGAAGUUAUAAAAAGUAUCUCAACUUGGAGUGAGGUGGCCUAGUCAUAAGUGUUGCUCUAUUCCUUGCCAAGGGCAGCAUGGGGCGGGGCGGGGCUUCCUCCAGUCAUCCAGUCUUUCUUCACCCGCAGGUACCCCGGUCCAUCCCCCUUCGUUGACUCCAAGGGGAUACAGCAGCAAUUCAUGUUUUGAAGUGCUCUAAAUGGUUCAAAACGUGAAGCGCUGCUAUACCCCCUCGUGGGGAAGGAAGAAGGUGGGAUCUGCCGGACCGUGUUCCUGCCACCAGGUGCCCGCUCCCCGCUACGCCGGCUCAGAAGCAGGCUUCCCCCUGGAGUCAGAAGGAAGCCCGGUGCCAGCCAGCCUUCCCGAAGGACUAAGCCCGCACCAUCCGGCUUCCUCCAGCGGGCGCCUGCAGGACCCAGGAACACUACAUCAACACUCUUGGCGGGGAUGUGGACACAGAAGACUUCUGUUUCAAGAAAAUACAAUCAUCUCUCAAAGGCUGUAAUUUAUAUGCAUUUUAAAACUCUCUAGGCAUUGAAAACCACCCAAGUGUCCCAAAUAGAAGGGUAAAAUAUAAUCAAUCACUCAGUGUAAUAUUAUACAUCCUUUAAAAAUGUUAUUGGAAAAUGUUUUAUGAUCUGUAAGUCCAAGGAAUCCUCUCCCACCAUUUCUUUCUCCCCACUGUUCCCCAUACCCACACUUCUUUGUUCCAAUUGGCAUGUAAACUUGGUUUUCCCGCCAAAUGAGUCAGUCAUGAUGGGAACGUCAAUUGAUUUGAACAGAUGUGUGUCAAUGUUACUUGGAAAACUAGAUGCCAAUAACCAGGGCCACAGAAAAAGGCAGUGGUUGCAACUCUGUAAAAAUUUAUGCAUGCACACAGAAAAGGACUAAAGUGGAACCCCACACAGGAAAACAGUGGGCUGUACCCCCGUGCUGGGACAUUGAAUGACUGUAUGCUACUUUUGAUUUUCGUUAAUAUGGGCAACCGUCCAAUUAAAAAAAACUCCUAAGGAC